CGCUGGUUGCUGGUCGAUGGCAUCAUGAUGCGCGUCCAGGUACAAUUCCAAAUCUCGGAACUCCUUCGAGACUGAUCACUCGGGCUGACUGGUGAAUCUUCUCGUAUCUUUACCGUCAAGUAGCCAUCCAAACUUCCUAUAUAACCAACACUCCAAACAAUUUUUUUACUCAUUCCGGUCAAGUUUUUAAAACUGUUGACCAUAUCAAGGACUCAUGCGCUUGCCGCCCUUCUCCAGCUUCGUCCGCACCUUUUACACCUUUGCUGGCUUCACAAGAGCUCGGGCCUCGGCGCACCAAUCACUGCCUCGCAAACCAGCAACUUUGAGCUCUAUGCCCACUAUUCCUUUCUUCGGCAGCCUUUUCAGUUCGUCCAGCUCUAGCAAGAUGUCUUAUCCCGAUCAGCGCUCCGACGACGAGUGGCGCGCUGUGCUGAACCCGAAGCAGUUCAAAAUUCUGAGACAAAAGGGCACAGAGCUUCCUAACUCGGGAGACUAUAACACCCAUAAAGCAGACGGAGUUUACAACUGUGCCGGUUGCGACGCUCCGCUGUACAAGUCUAACCACAAAUUCGAGUCCCAUUGUGGCUGGCCUGCAUACUUCGACAGCAUUCCGGGAGCCGUCACUCGUCAUGAGGACAACACUUUUGGUAUGAGUCGCACUGAGAUCGUGUGCUCCAACUGCGGUGGACAUCUGGGCCAUGUCUUCAAGGGAGAAGGGUACAAAAACCCAAUCGACGAGCGACACUGCGUGAACAGUGUCAGUCUAAAGUUCUCGCCCGAGGACAAAGUGAAGAAGCAGGACGAGGCACCACGCAUCUAGGCCGUCACCAUCUGUACCCCUUUUCAUGUAUUAUGUUUUAUGAUCUGCCCGAGCAUUGUCCAAGUUUGAAUUAGCAGAAAUUAGAGACUCACUCCGGUCUGAAUAUGAAUAUGAUCUACCAAGUCAUGAGUAGCAUUUUGUACCAUUACACGAAUAUUUGGGCCAUAUAGCUAGGCACUGAAAAAAUGUGGUACUAUGUUAAUGAGUCUCCCGUACAAGAAAUCGGGCCUAAUGAAC